AUGUUAGAGUUAUUGGAUUUGUCAUCCUUGCAAUCGGUUCGUCAAUUUGCCGCUCGCAUCUGCUCGACGCAGAACAAACUAGAUUUUCUUAUUAACAACGCUGGAAUAGUUCGAAGAGGAUACGCUAAGUCAGUUGAUGGAUUCGAGCUAACCAUGGCGACGAAUUAUUUGGGUCCAUUUCUGCUCACCGAACUGUUGCUUCCGUUGAUGGAGCGCGCAGGCCAAGCUAGAGUGAUCAACGUGUCAUCAGUGGGACAUUAUGGAAGCAAAGUUUGGAAACCGGAAUUUUUCAUACCCGAAAAGGAAUACUCCGAUACGAAAGCCUACGAUUGGUCAAAGCUUGCCAGUGUGAUGCACGCAAGGGAGCUGAGCAAACGACUUGACGGUACUGGAGUGGUUGCAGUCAGUCUCUACCCAGGAUUCGUAAAGACGGAAUCGAAAAGAGUUUCGGACGGAUUCUUUGCUGCAAUAUUUUGGAUGCUCUCGCGGCCUUUGCAAAUCACUUCUUGGCAAGGAGCACAGACGACAAUGUACACGGUGCUGACCAGACAUUUGGUGCCCGGUGGGUACUAUUCAAAUUGUGCGCUCAAAACACCAGCAGCUGCAGCGCUAAACGACGACGACUGCAAAUGGCUCUGGAUUAAGUCAUGUGCACUCGUGGAAAUUUCGAGCAACGAUUAG